AACAAAAUACAAUCUACAAGCCGGGUGACUGGUUCACUUCUCGUUGACAUUUCCUCUGAGUGGUGAGCUGGUUUAUUCUGAGUCCGCUGAUCUCGCCGGCUUAAUUGAACCGCUGUUCAGUGGCCUGACUCUUCACUUUGCUUCAAUAUUUAAUUUCUUUCUGGGAGCGAGUAGUCAUGGCUGGAACUAUUGAUUCCAAAACCAAGCAGACUCUGAAGGACAUAGCUAAUAAGCUGAGAAUUCACAGCAUUAAUUCUACCACUGCAGCAGGAACGGGACAUCCGACAUCAUGUUGCUCCAUCGCCGAGGUCAUGUCUGUACUGUUCUUCAACACCAUGAAGUACACCAUCUCAGAACCAAGGGGAGCUAACAACGACAGAUUUGUCCUCUCCAAGGGUCAUGCUGCCCCCAUCCUUUAUGCUGCCUGGGCAGAGGCAGGGCUAUUUCCUGCGUCCGAUCUGCUUAAUCUCCGUAAGAUCGAUUCCGACCUGGAAGGACAUCCUACUCCUAGGCUGAACUUUGUUGAUGUGGCCACUGGGUCCCUGGGUCAGGGUCUGAGCUGUGCUGCUGGCAUGGCCUACACCGGGAAAUACAUUGACAAGGCUGAUUACCGAGUGUUUUGUAUCAUCGGUGAUGGGGAGAGUGCUGAGGGGUCUGUGUGGGAAGCCAUGGCCUUCAGCAGCUUCUACAAGCUGGACAACUUGGUAGCCAUCUUUGACGUAAAUCGGCUGGGACAAAGCGAGCCCACUAGUCUGCAGCACGACAUGGAUGUCUACAGGAAGAGAGCAGAGGCUUUUGGCUGGAACACCAGUGUGGUAGAAGGGCAUGAUGUGGAGGCCCUGUCUAAGGCAUUCUAUGAUGCAAGCACUGUCAAGGGCAGACCCACCUGUAUUCUGGCCAAGACCUUCAAAGGCAAAGGAAUUCCAGGAAUUGAAGAUGAGGAAAACUGGCAUGGAAAGCCAUUGGCUGCCAAGUCAGAGGCGGCCAUCAAAGCCAUAGAAGAUAACAUCAGCAACAAAGGUCCCCACGGGCUGACCCCCAAAUCUCCGAGUAACCAGGCUAAAGCUGUUAAUAUCUCCAACAUCAAGCUGUCCGAACCCCCCACCUACGAUAAGAGUGCCCAAGUUGCGACAAGAGCUGCCUAUGGAACAGCCCUGGUGAAGAUCGGCAAGAACAACGACCGAGUGGUUGCCAUGGACGGCGACACCAAAAACUCCACAUUCUCCAUCAAGUUUAAGGAGGCCUUCCCUGACCGAUUCAUUGAGUGCUUCAUCGCGGAGCAGAACCUUGUGGGAGUGGGGAUUGGCUGUGGAACCCGUGGAAGGACCGUGCCAUUCAUCUCCACAUUCGCCUGCUUCCUGAGCAGGGCUUUUGAUCAAAUUAGAAUGGGGGCAAUCUCACAGACUAAUGCCAACUUUGUGGGCUCUCACUCUGGGGUGUCUAUUGGAGAAGAUGGUCCCUCCCAGAUGGCGCUAGAGGACCUGUCCAUGUUCCGCAGUAUCCCGGGCUCUACAGUGUUCUACCCGAGCGAUGCCGUGUCCACAGAGAGGGCCGUCGAGCUGGCAGCUAACACCCCCGGGGUCUGCUUCAUUAGAACCAGCCGCCCCAAUUGUCCCAUCCUUUACUCCCCAGACGACAACCUACAGAUUGGAAAAGCCAGGGUGGUACGUAAGAGUGACAGUGACAAGGUGACAGUGAUUGGUUGCUGUGUGACCUUGUUCGAAGCCCUGAAGGCAGCAGACAAACUGGCCAUCGAUGGAGUCAACAUCCGCGUGAUUGACCCAUUCACCAUAAAACCUAUCGACGCCGAAACAAUUCGCAGCAAUGCUAAGGAAACUGGAGGCAAAAUCAUCACUGUGGAGGACCACUACCCUGAAGGAGGUUUGGGUGAAGCUGUAUGUUCUGCAGUGGCCUGUUGCCGUGACAUCACUGUAAAAAAACUGGCAGUACAGGAAGUCCCCAGAUCUGGCAAGAGCGCAGAACUCCUGGAGAAAUACGGAAUCAGUGCUAACUGUAUUGUCAAGGCUGUCAAUCAAAUCCUGUCCCAGUAACCUGGUGCCUCACCGAACUAUCGGUUCUCUACAACUGUAGCCAGAGUUCUAGUGGAUGCAGACUUCACUUUGUAUUAGAUUUGUACUCUCCUUGUUUGACUGUUUUAUAUUAACCACAAUCAGAAAUUGGUGCGAUUUGAUGUUAAUUUUGAUACGAUUUGAUAAUACUGUAAGCCAGUGCUUUGAUUCAUCAAGAUCUUUGUCUCAAGAUAGUUGUUGACCAACAGAUUAUAAUUAUAUUGUUUAUGAUUUAUUGUUGCCAGAUGCUAGUGAAAUAAAUUUGACACAAGACAUAG